AUGGGGGUGUGUCAAAUCAUCCCCCCAUCCCCUUCCCUGCUCCCCCCCAUCCCCUUCCCUGCUUCCCCCCAUCCCCUUUCCUGCUUCCCCCCAUCUCCUUCCCUGCUCCCCCCCAUCACCUUCCCUGCUCAUUCUUGCUCCCUCUGUUUCACCCUUGCUCCCUCCCCUUCUUCUUUUCUCACUCUCUUCCCCCUUCCUCACUCUCUUUACUUCUGCUCACUCUGUUCCCCCCUGCUUCCUCUCUUCCCCUCUGUUCAAUCUGUCCCCCGCUGCUUCUUCUCUUCCCCUCUGCUCAUUCCGUUUACUGUCUUCCCCCCUUCACUCACCCCCAUACCCCCCAAUGCAGUUACAGGAAAGGAGGAACGGAGGGAGGAAGUGAGGAAUGCAGGAAUGAAGGAAGUGAUGAUGGGAGGAAGGGAGGUAGGGAGGAUGCUUGGGGGAGAAGCAGAAGGGAGGGGAGGAAGAGAGGCUGGGGAGGAGGGUGGGAAGGAGGGUGAAACUUGGCAGAGGAAUGAUGGGAUCGGGAAAGGAGGGACGAGGAAACGAGGAAAAGAGGAAACGAGGAAUGGGGUGGGGCAGAAAGGGGUGGGGCGGAAUGGGGUGGGGCAGAAAGGGGUGGGGCAGAAUGGGGUGGGGCGGAAUUGGGUGGGGCGGAAUGGGGUGGGGCAGAAAGGGGUGGGGCGGAAUGGGGUGGGGCGGAAAGGGGUGGGGCAGAAAGGGGUGGGGCGGAAUUGGGUGGGGCGGAAUGGGGUGGGGCGGAAUUGGGUGGGGCGGAAUGGGGUGGGGCAGAAUGGGGUGGGGCGGAAUUGGGUGGGGCGGAAUGGGGUGGGGCAGAAAGGGGUGGGGCGGAAUGGGGUGGGGCGGAAAGGGGUGGGGCGGAAUGGGGUGGGGCGGAAAGGGGUGGGGCAGAAAGGGGUGGGGCGGAAUUGGGUGGGGCGGAAUGGGGUGGGGCGGAAUUGGGUGGGGCGGAAUGGGGUGGGGCAGAAUGGGGUGGGGCGGAAUUGGGUGGGGCGGAAUGGGGUGGGGCAGAAAGGGGUGGGGCGGAAUGGGGUGGGGCGGAAAGGGGUGGGGCGGAAUGGGGUGGGGCGGAAAGGGGUGGGGCGGAAUGGGAUGGGGCGGAAUGGGGUGGGGCGCAAAGGGGUGGGGCGGAAUGGGGUGGGGCGCAAAGGGGUGGGGCGGAAUGGGGUGGGGCAGAAAGGGGUGGGGCGGAAUGGGGUGGGGCGGAAUGGGGUGGGGCGGAAUGGGGUGGGGCGGAACGGGGUGGGGCGGAAUGGGGUGAGGCGGAUUGGGGAGAUGAGGGAUGGGGAGAUGAGGGAUGAGGAGAUGAGGGAUGGGGAGGUGUGGGAUGGGGAGGAGAGGGCUGGGGAGGAGAGGGAUGGGGAGGUCAGGGAUGGGGAGAUGAGGGAUGGGGAGAUGAGGGAAGGGGAGAUGGGGAAUGGGGAGAUGAGGGAUGGGGAGAUGAGGAAUGGGGAGAUGAGGGAAGGGGAGAUGAGGGAAGGGGAAAUGAACGUGUAUGCGACGGAAGGGUGCUGCUGGCCACUGGCGGUGGGCGACAGUGGCGGUGGGGGGAAGCGUGGUCGACGGUGGCGGUGGGGGGAAGCGUGGGCGACGGUGGCGGUGGGGGGAAGCGUGGGCGACGGUGGCGGUGGGGGGAAGCAUGGGCAACGGUGGCGGUGGGGGGAAGCGUGGGCGACGGUGGCGGUGGGGGGAAGCGUGGGCGACGGUGGCGGUGGGGGGAAGCGUGGGCGACGGUGGCGGUGGGGGGAAGCGUGGGCGACGGUGGCGGUGGGGGGAAGCGUGGGCGACGGUGGGGGGAAGCGUGGGCGACGGUGGGGGGAAGCGUGGGCGACGGUGGGAGGAAGCGUGGGUGACGGUGGGGGGAAGCGUGGGACAGACUAA